AUGCUGAUGGCUCGGCUCGUUAGCCUGGCGCUGGUGCUGCCGUGGUGCCGAGCGAGCCUGCCGACGUACGACGCCUUCGCCAUGGAGCCUCUGGGCGCCUUCGCGCCGGGCUACGCGUCGCGGCGGUCGCCGGACGCUCCCCUGGGGGCGCCGCUCGGCGGCGCGUCGACGGUGCUGCCCGGCGCGCGGCUCGCGGCCUGGCACCGCGUGCUCGCCCGGCUCGCGCGCCGCGAGCAGGCGGUCCUCACGGUGCUCGUGCUCGGCGGCUCCAUGACGGCGGGCCGCAUGGACGCGCGCGCGGACCGGCAGCAGGCGUCGCUCUUCGCCGCGGGCGCGCGCGUCGCCUACGGGUCGAGCGCCUGCGCGAACGCGACGACGACGGAGUCCUACGCGACGUGCGACCACGAGGUCACGGGCGACUGCAAGCCCUGCGCCUUCCCCGCGCGCCUCGGCGCCUGGCUCGCGCGCGUCUACCCGGCGACGGACGUCCGCGUGCUCAACUACGCCGUCGGCGCGUCGACGAGCCGGUCCAUCCUGGGCAUGCUCGGCGGCGAGCUCGAGGCCCUCGAGGCGGGCCACGUCGACGUCGCCUUCGUGAACUACGUCGACAACGACGUCGCGCGGGCCACGGACGCGGCCGCGACGGCCAAAAUCGCCGCGGCGCACGAGGCGCUCCUGCGGCUCCUCCUCACGCGCAAGGUCGCCGUCGUCGACGUGGAGAUGCAGGUGCCGGAUAAGUCCGACGCCUGGCCCACGCACGCCGCCGUCUGCCGCCACCUCGGCGUGCCCAUGGUCUCCUGGCGCCGCGGCGUCGCGGGCGACGAAAAGUCGUCGGUCGCGCGGCACCCGAACUGGGCCUUCCACCAGCUCAUCGCCGACUGGCUGGCCUACGAGUGGGGCGUGCAGGGCGCCGCGGCGCUCCGAGGAAACGUCGACGCGUCGGACCCGCCGCUGCCGCCGCCGCUGCGGAGCCCGGACACGUCGGACGUCGUGUCAGACGUCGUCUGCGCGGCGCCGCUGACGGACCUCGACGCGCACGAGCUCGCGGCGAGCCCCGCCGCGGUGUCGUCCGACGGCGCCUGGCGCUUCGGCGAGGACGCGCCGGGCAAGAAGGGCUGGAUCGUCGACGACGCGCAUGGUGGUGUGGUGAACUUCACCGUUCACACGCCGCCCGACGGCCGGGACCCCGUCGUCGGCGUCGGCUUCCUCGCGUCCUGGGAUCCGUCCAUGGGCGCCGUGCGCGUCGUCGUGGACGGCGACGCCGAGAACGCGGCCGUCCUCAACGCGUCGCGGCCCGGCGGCACGGCGUCGCAGACCGAGUACGCGCGGCUCUGCGUCGAGCCGCCGCGCUAUUCGCCCUGCUUCCCGGCCUGCGGCGCGCCGACGAAGCGGCCCCUGCGCUUCGCGGCCCACAAGCCCGCGUCCUGCGACCGCGACCAGCGCCAGUGCGAGAGCGCGUGGCGCCGCUACGACGCCGCGCAGCGCGCGUCCACGGCGCGGUCCCUGUCCUUCGAGCUCCUCCCGCGGCCCGGCGCGGCCUCGAACCGGUUCGUGUUGCGCUACGUCGUCACGUGUUAG